AUGAGUGUGGCGGAUCUAAUUUCUCAAAGCCUACCUGAGGCUUGUGAUUCUAGAGUCUCUUCACCAUUAUCUACAAUUUUGGAGGCUGAAAAAAAUGAUAUAUCCUUGCAAAUGUCGUCUGUGGAGGCACUCUACUCAGAUACUGUAUCUCCUCUUCCUGCUUCCAUAGGUCUGCUUCUUCAGGAUAGUCCUGAUUCUUCCACCAGUCCCAAAGUAAAACUGCCCACUUCUAUAGAGAAAAGCACAAUGAAGGAAGGGAAAGGCCUGGGCAAGAAACAAAAGGUCAGAACUGUGUUUUCUCAGAUGCAGCUGUGCAUACUCAAAGACAGAUUUCAGAAACAGAAAUACCUCAGCCUUCAGCAGAUGCAAGAACUUUCUGAAGUCCUGAACCUUAGCUACAAACAAGUUAAGACCUGGUUCCAAAACCAAAGAAUGAAAUGCAAGAGGUGGCAAAAAAACACCAAAUGGCCAAAUAGUAGCAAUGGUGUGGCUCAGAAGGUCUCCGUGCCUGCUGAAUACCUGGACCUCUGUGCUUCCUAUCACCAGGGAUACCUGCCUUCUGGAAACCUUCCAAUGUGGAGCAACCAGACCUGGAGCAGCCAAACCUGGAGCAACCAGACCUGGAGCAGCAGCCAGGCUUGGUGCACCCAAGCUUGGAAUAACCAAUCCUGGAACACUCAGGCCUGGAACAACCAGUCUCAGAUCUGUGGGGAGGAAUUCCUUCUGCCCCAGUUCCAGCAAAAUUCUGCCAGUGAUUUGGAGGCCUCACAAACCAUAGAUUUAUUCCUAAAUGACUCCAUGAACAUACAACCUGAAGAGGUGUGA